AUGGCUAUUGGAAAAACUAAACUGGCAUAUUUGGGCGCACCUAGGCAACUUGGACGAGACGAUGAGGAUGGAGGAGGCGAAGCUGAAGUUAUCGAGCGUACACCAGAAUCCACAGAUAGGCCGACAAGCUUUGAAUCACACCUGGUCAAGCGCCGGCCUGUCAAAUGGCGGCCGUACCGGAAGACCCCCAUCGCCGAACAGUUGUUAUCGAAACAUAUCUCCGACGAGGACGAAAAAUGGAAGGCGGGAUGGAUGGAUCAUCGCAAGGAGGUUAUCGAAGGAGCGCAAUUCGCACGCAGUCUACAGACCGAAGACAAGUUUGAUACUUCGAUUGCAGCAUCGCUCUGGGACGGCUCAAGAGAGCUGAGAUCAACUUCGAGAUAUGUAUCUGUCAUACACUUGACUCGCGGAAGCCCGCCGGAAUCACCAACAUGCACUUUCACAGUACACGAUUGCAAUCGCAAGAUACCCGGCGGAACAACACGCGAUCAUUCGGGUAAUUAUCUAUUCGGUACCGAGGUCGGGGUGCGCCGGAGUUUUGUUGACAAGAUCCGUGCCAAGUUCAAAAGCGACAGAGACUUUUCGACUGCGGGUCAGCUUAAUGGUAUCUUCAAGCCUAAGGGGGAAAAAAUAUCAUCUACAUACAGCAUGAGAAUAUGUUACCGAUUUAUACUUUCAUAG